CUCGAGUUUGCUAUCACGAUGCAACUUCCAGUUCUUAUUCUCGCCCUGUUGGGAUGCUCGCACAUAACAGCAUCUCUUGUUUCUCAACUUGAUGCUUCGAUGCCCAUGGAUCUACUUCUGCCUCCUCCAGCUGUUUCUAAAUCGCAGCAGCUGUUUGUUCUCGAGUCGGUCAAUAAUAUUAUUGAUCUGACCAGAACCAUUUAUCGUCAAGAAACCACCAUUGUUGUUCAGCCCACUGACAACAAGCAGACUCAGUCCGAAACUAUCUUUUAUUUAGCCCAGCCGCUAGAAGCCUCCAACAAGGUUUUGGCCUUGUUUGAAGUCCGUGUCAAGAACAAAAAGGGUCAAUUACUGGCUAUUCGCAAAGAUGUUGCUCAUGACCAUCUGCAGUACUACACUGUCACUCUCCCCGCUACAACGCUUGGAAAAACUACUUUGUAUGUCAAGAGCAUCUACACAAAACAUGUGAUUCCCUAUCCUCGCAAGAUCAAGCAGUUGGAACCUCAGCUGUAUGAAAUUCAAGGCAAUGCUCACUUUUUGACUCCUUACAAGUCUACCAGGCAACGCACUACUGUCAAGCUACCUAACCGUAAAGAACCUUCUACAUAUACCAAGAGUCCUAAACCGGUUACUAGAAAAGAUGAAACAAUCAUAUAUGGACCAUAUCUCAAUGUUCCUGCUCUCUCGCGAUCACCUCUGUAUGUGCAUUAUGCCGAUACUCAGGCUGUACUUCUUGCAAAGGAAUACACCAAGUAUGUCGAAGUGAGUCACUGGGGUGGUAAUAUUGCUGUUCAAGAGGAUUACGAAUUGCAUCAUAAGGGUGCCGAACUCAAGGAUCACUUUUCUCGUAUCGACUUUAAACUCAGUGCCCAAGCUCACUCUGAAACCAACGUCGUAAAGGAUCUCACUGCAAUAUUACCAAAAGGUGCACGAAACGUUUUUUUCAAAGAUACAAUCGGAAACGUUUCUACUUCUCACUUUCGUAACGAUCGUGAAUCAUCAAUGCUAUGGAUUCAGCCUCGAUACCCUCUUUUCGGUGGAUGGAGAUAUUCUUGGUUUCAUGGCUACGAUGUUUCUGCUGAAUCAUUUUUGAAAAAAAUCAGCGCUAAUAAGUUUGUUUUGCAAUUGCCAUUCAAGUCGUCGGUUAAAGAUAUCACUGCGGUUAGUGCAAAACUUGUUGCUGUUCUUCCAGAAGGUGCCAGCAAUGUCGAGGUGGCUACAUCGCUGGAUGUUGACCAGAUUUCAGAAUCUGUCAUCUUUUCAUACCUGGAUUCUACUGGACGUCCAGCUGUGACCAUUCAAACAAAAAAUUUGAUAGACGAUCUUGAGGGUGUGGUUCAAAUCACAUAUUCGUACGACACAAUGCGAUUGUUACAGAAACCUUUUGUUGUUUUCGUUUAUACUUUGGGAGUCUUUUUCAUUUUCAUCAUUUACUCUCGUUUGGACUUUUCGAUUUCCCCGGAUGUUGCCAAGGAUAAAGAGGAGCGUCUUGAGAUUUAUCGAAUCAAGAUAUCUGAAAUUGUAAAAAUGGAUAGUCGACGAUUUACUGAUGUGAGUGAUGCUUUUGAGCAUUUCAAAUCUACGCGUAAUCUGAAGAUGUUGGAUCAAGUUUACAAGACGGCAGACAAGGAUUCUGCCGACAUGUAUCGUAAUCUUGAUGAUAUUGCCACUCUUGCCACGCUUAUUGAUAAGAGCUUUGGACAAUCUGUGCAAAAAUUGAUUGACCUUUUGAAGGAACGCACCAAAGUGGCCAGAACCAUGCAGCAAGAAGUUCAGAACUUUAUCAAAGACACCAGCAAUGGGUCAGAUCAAGCUAAAAAGCGUGCCAUGAAUGCACAAAUCAAUCAGUCUCUUGCCAAAGUGGAUGCUCUCUGUUGCAGAAUUGCAAGUGUACUGGAACAUGUAGGCGAAUAAAGUGAAUAUAUUUUCCUUUUAGU